UUAAUUACGGCAAACAAAGCUACUUAAAGACACUGACAGGUUUCAUCUGUCAAUCCUCAAUUUUCCAGGUCAAUCAGUGGAUCAUAACAAGCAAGACCAGGCGAUUGUCUUAGAAAACUSCACUAUACUGUCUAAUUACGGCAACCAGAGCUACUUAAAGACACUGACAGGUUUCAUAGCCACCACGUUCCACAAGACAAGUCCAAGGGACUGGAUCAGAUGUUGGCACGGCUCUCAAGAGGGAUGGGACACUCGAUUCASUUUCCAUCCUCAAUGUGACGGAAAGAAAGCCACGGUGACGAUAGUUCGUGUUGGUCAGUACGUGUUUGGUGGAUUUACCGAUAAAUCCUGGCAUAGUGCCGCUGCCUAUGUCAAGUCUGAAAGAUCGUUCGUAUUUUCCCUCUACAACACCAAAGGAUAUCAACCCAUCCAGUUGAACCUAACAAGACCAAACCACCAGCAGUAUGCUAUAUAUGGCAAUGCAGCAUAUGGACCAACAUUUGGAUUAGCAAUGCAUGAUCUGCAUGUAGCUACUCUUGCUAUAGAUAAUGCAAAUUCACAUACAGUGGCAAAUAGCUACCACCCUUCUCCUGGUUGUAGCACUGGUGCAGGAUGUACUUAUUUUUCUGGUUCACAAUCGUUUACUCCAGAUGAUGUGGAAGUGUUCUAUUACACCGGACAGACAAGAGGACUUCAGAAUUCCACAAUCCUCACUGACUACGGUAACAACAGCUACGUGAAGACUCUGGAACUUUUUAUAGAUACCGCGUUGCAUCAAUYCAAUCCGAGCCAAUGGGUGAGAUGUUGGCACGCCGCUGAAGAUGGAUGGGAUACUCGUUUCUCAUUCCAUCCUCAGUGUGACGGAAAGAAAGCCACGGUGACGAUAGUUCGUGUUGGUCAGUACGUGUUUGGUGGAUUCAGCGAUAAAUCAUGGCAUAGUGCUGGAAUGUACACUAAGUCAUCAAGAUCCUUCCUAUUCUCGCUGUUCAACACCAAAGGAUAUCAACCCAUCCAGUUGAACCUAACAAGACCAAACCACCAGAAGUAUGCUAUAUAUGGCAAUGCAGCAUAUGGACCAACAUUUGGAAUAGGAUAUCAUGACCUGUAURUUGCUAAUCUAGCAAUUAAUAAUGUAAAUUCGUACACGAUAGUAAAMAGCUACCAACCCCCGCCUGGUUGUACCAUUCGUGCAGCUUGUACUUACUUUGCUGGUCGCCAUGGAUUUACUCCAAACGACGUGGAGGUAUUUUAUUACGACAAUAAAUCCCGAGGGUUAGAGAAUUCUGUGAUCCUUGCUAAUCAUGGCAAUGAUUCCUAUGUCAAGACUCUGACAGGCUUCUUAGACACUACAUUACAUAAAUACAAUCCAAACCAAUGGGUGAGAUGUUGGCACGCCGCUGAAGAUGGAUGGGAUACUCGACUCACAUUCCAUCCUCAAUGUAACGGAAAGAAAGCCACGGUGACGAUAGUUCGUGUUGGUCAGUACGUGUUUGGUGGAUUCACCGAUAAAUCCUGGUUUAGUGUUGCAGCCCAUACCAAGUCAUCAAGAUCCUUCCUAUUCUCGCUGUACAACACCAAAGGAUAUCAACCCAUCAAGUUGAACCUAACAAGACCAAACCACCAGAUUUAUGCUAUAUAUGGCAAUGCAGGAUAUGGACCAACAUUUGGAUUGGGAUUGCAUGACCUAUAUAUUGCUAAUCUUGCUAAUACUAAUGCAAAUUCCUACACGAUAGUAAACAGCUACCAACCCCCGCCUGGUUGUAGUAUUGGUGCAGCCUGUACUUACUUUGCUGGCUCACAUUCGUUUACGCCGAAUGAUGUCGAGGUUUUUUAUUACCACGAAGAUUAUACACACCCAACAYCUUUAUCCUUUUUACAUACAAACUAUAAAUAUACUGUCAAAGUCCUAGAAAACUCCACUAUACUGUCUAAUAACGGCAACCAAAGCUACUUAAAGACACUGACAGGUUUCAUAGCCACUACGUUUCACAAGACAAGYCCAAGGGACUGGAKSAGAUGUUGGCACGCCGCUCAAGAUGGAUGGGAUAUUCGUUUCACAUUUCAUCCUCAGUGUGACGGAAAGAAAGCCACKGUGACGAUAGUUCGUGUUGGUCAGUACGUGUUUGGUGGAUUCACCGAUAAAUCCUGGCAUGCCGCCGCCGCCUACACUAAGUCAUCAAGAUCCUUCCUAUUUUCACUGUACAACACCAAAGGAUAUCAGCCCAUCCAGUUGAACCUAACAAGACAAAACCACAAGAUGUAUGCUAUAUAUGGCAAUGCAGGAUAUGGGCCAACAUUUGGAGCGGGAUUGCAUGACCUGYAUGUAGCUAAUAUUGCAAUAAGCAAUAAGAAUUCAUACACGAUAGUAAAUAGCUACAAUCCCCCUCCUGGWUGUAUCAUUGGUAGUGCUUGUACUUACUUUGCUGGUUCACAUAAGUUUACUCCAGAUGAUGUGGAAGUGUUCUACUACAACGACCUGCAGACAAGAGGACUUCAGAAUUCCACCAUCCUCACUGACUACGGUAACGACAGCUACGUGAAGACAUUGGAACUCUUUAUAAAUACUGCAUUACAUCAACCCAAUCCAAGCCAAUGGGUGAGAUGUUGGCACGCCGCUGAAGAUGGAUGGAAUACUCGUUUCACAUUCCAUCCUCAGUGUGACGGAAAGAAAGCCACGGUGACGAUAGUUCGUGUUGGUCAGUACGUGUUUGGUGGAUUCACAGAUAAAUCCUGGCAUAGUGCUCUACUUUACACCAAGUCGUCAAGGUCCUUUCUAUACUCGCUGUACAACACCAAAGGAUAUCAACCCAUCCAGUUGAACCUAACAAGGCCAAACCAUCAGAUUAAUGCUAUCUAUGGCGCCCCAAUAUAUGGACCAACAUUUGGAUUGGUAUUGCAUGACCUACACAUUGCUAAUUUUGCUACCAGUACUGCAAAUUCAUAUACGACAGUUACCAGUUACCAGUCCCCGCCUGGUUGUARCCUUGGCGUACAUUGCACUUAUUUUACUGGUCAACAGAAAUUUAAGCCUGACGAUGUGGAAGUCUUCUAUUACGCUGGCCAGAUAACUAGAGGACUUCAGAAUUCCACCAUCCUAAMUGACUACGGCAACGACAACUACGUGAAGACAUUGGAUCUCUUUAUCAAUACUGCCUUACAUCAAUCAAAUCCAAGCCAAUGGGUKAGAUGUUGGCAMGCCGCUGAAGAUGGAUGGGAUAMUCGUUUCACAUUCCAUCCUCAGUGUGACGGAAAGAAAGCAACAGUGACGAUAGUUCGUGUUGGUCAGUACGUGUUUGGAGGAUUAAAGAAUUCUGCGAUCCUUUCUCAUCAUGGAAAUGAUGCAUAUAUCAAGACUCUGACAGGCUUCUUAGACGCUGCAUUACAGCAGUCGACUUCAGACCAAUGGGUGAGAUGUUGGCACGCUGCCGAAGAUGGAUGGGAUACUCGAUUCACAUUCCAUCCUCAGUGUGACGGAAAGAAAGCCACGGUGACGAUAGUCCGCGUUGGUCAGUACGUGUUUGGUGGAUUCACCGAUAAAUCCUGGCACAUUGCUAAUCUUGCCAAAGAUAAUGUAGCUUCAUAUACGAAAGUAAAUAGCUACCAACCACCGCCUGGUUGCAGUCUUGGUGUUUUUUGUACUUAUUUUGCUGGCAAAUCUCCAUUUACUCCUGACGAUGUGGAAGUGUUUUAUUACGACAUUGAAUCUCGUAAGUCAGAAUUUGAAAACACUGCGUUAUUUGCACGUGCGUAA